AUGAUUCUUCAUCGCAUCAGAUUCGCUCUGGCGGCUGCCUUAGCUGUCGGGUCUACCGCUGCGACCAAGGACGACAUCUACGACUAUGUCAUUGUUGGAAGCGGUCCUGGCGGUGGUUCUCUUGCGGCCAAUCUGGCAAAAGAGGGACACUCCGUCUUUCUGAUCGAAGCUGGAGGUGAUAACCACACCAGUCUUCUCCAGUCAUUCCCACUACUUGCCAGGACUGCUGCAGAGACCCCAGGUCAUUCUUGGCAGUUCUUUGUCAACCACUACCAAGACUUUGAAGCAGCCCGUCGUGAUCCCAAGUACACUUAUAUCCAGACCAACGGCUCCUACUACGUUGGUCUUGAUCCACCAGAGGGAGCCAAGCCUGCCGGUUUGUACUAUCCUCGUGGCUCAACCCUGGGUGGCAGUGCCCAGGUCAACGCUAUGAACUUUAUCUGGUCUCCUGAUAAUGAAUGGGAUUACAUCGCAAACCUCACUGGUGAUGAGACUUGGGGACACGAGCAUAUGCGACGACACUUGAUGAACCUCGAAAACUGUACCUAUGUACCUGAAGGUACCCCUGGGCAUGGCUUCGACGGCUACCUUGUGAACGAUCUGAGCAACGCCACUAUCCAAAUCAGGGAACCUAAUGUUGCCAACAUGUUCCAGCAAAUGUUCCAGCAGACUGAGGGCAUCGACGUCGAAAACACGGACGAAAUGGUUGAGCUUUUCCGACGCGACAUGAAUGGUGCCGACCCAGACCGCUACAAGGAUGGUUCUCUCUACAGCACUCCCUCAGCAAUCGAUCCCAGCACCGGUGCCAGAAGCGGUGCCGGUAUUUACAUCAACGAGGUCAUCGAUGCAGGACACCCCUUGACAGUCAGCUUCCACUCCCUCGCUACAAAGGUCCUUCUCAAGCAAUCUCGCCACGGUGAGAAGCCCAAGGCUUAUGGUGUCGAGUACAUGGUCGGUGAAGGCCUCUACUCUGCCGACGGCCGCUAUGACCCUGAAAAAACUGGCGAGAUGAGGAAAGUCUUUGCUAAGCACGAAGUCAUUGUUUCUGGAGGUGCUUUCAACACCCCUCAGAUUCUCAUGCUCAGCGGCAUCGGUCCACGAGAGGAACUAGAGGCUUGGGAUAUCCCCGUGGUCGUCGAUUUGCCUGCUGUCGGCUCCAACUUGCACGACAACUACGAAGUCCCCGUUCAGAUGCAAGCUGAAGAAAACUGGUACGAGCCUGUUGAAGGAUCUCCUUGCACCGGUACGUACGAUGACCAAGACCCGUGUUUUGUGGAAUGGCGAGACAAUGCCGCUGGCCCGUAUGCCGCUCGCGAUAGUGGCUACGGAGCUCUCUGGAGGUCCAGCCAGAGCUGGGAUGAAGAUUCCGAUCUCAUGUUCCUAAGUGGCAUCGGCCUGGCCGGUCUUACUGGCUUCUACCCUGGUUACUCCCGAGGCGAACUCUCCAGCAUCGAUCCCGCAUACUGGAUGCACGCCGUCGUCAAGAUGCAAACCAGUAACAGCGCAGGAACCGUCCGUCUCAACUCAUCCGACCCCCGCAUCAGGCCCAACAUCAACUUCAACUACUUCUCCGAGUCUGCCGAGCGUGAUCUCGAUGCUAUUGCUGAGGGUAUCGCGAUGCUGCGACGUGCUUUCGACGCAACUGGUAUCCCAUACAAGCAGUUGAUCCCUGACCCCGAGAAUGAGAGGCAAGAGAUCAAGGACAUGGCUUUUAGUCAUCAUGCCUCUUCGACUUGUACUAUUGGACCUGAUGAUGGCGAUUCGUGUGUUGAUUCGAGGUUUCGUGUUCGUGGUGUUGAUAAGCUGAGGGUUGUUGAUGCUUCGGUUUUCCCACGCAGUCCUGGUGCUAUGCCCAACGGGCCUACUUGGACCAUUUCUCGCAAGGCUUUCGAGACUCUUUUGGAGGACAACCACAAGAAAUGA